AUGAAUGAAGUAGAGAAGAAAACCUUCCCUGUAAAUGUUGAUAGCAAGGACAUCACAGUAUCAUUCUCUUUUGAAAUGUUCCCGAACGACAUGAAAUACUUCGCAUUUCUCGCCGGUGAACUUUCCAAUUCUGCAAAAUAUUUCUCGUCAUUCGCUAAUGUCAACAAAGAUGAUAUUGGUGAUGUUACUGCCACUUUUGGGGUUAAAACCUCAAACAAAUGGCUACCUUGGGGUUAUGCACAGAGAAUUGCAGUAGCAGGUACUGUAGCUAAAAAGAAAGAAGAGCUUGGCAGGUCCGGUUCGUACCUCAAGCCAGCUACCAUUAGACAGAAGGUAACCUCAUUCAUUGCACAAAAAAAGUCUCGACAGGAAUUGCCCCCCUUGCUAGGUAAAGCAAUUGACAAAGUUAAGGUGGAACCCUUGCAUGUCAAAAACAAUGGAUGGCAACAGUGGCAUUCAACGGUCUUGAAAUAUGUGUAAGCACGUACCUAUGUAAGUAGCUGUGAGAGUGUCAAUGACACUCCUGCCUUAAGCUGCUUUAAACGGUAUUACGAAACAGUAAGGUUUUCCCUAAAGGCUGGAAGACUUGCUAAAAAGGUGAGGAAGUGGUUCUGUGACGGCUGUUUGAAAAACAAGGACCUUGAGUACAGGUUCACAGGGAAAGAAUCCUUGAUAAUGUGUCAUCAAUUCAUGACCUUGCUUUCUGCUCUUGAACUAGAAGAUGACCAACCAGUUCAUAAUUUUGCUUUGCAUGUGUUUGCUACUAUUGCUGUGAACCUAAGGGACUCUGUGUCUAUAUUCAGUAGAAUUAAAGUGACAGACGAAGAGGUCACAAGUUUAACAGGUGUUACACGCAAUUACUUUAGGGCAUGUGCACUCUUUUCAUCAGUCUCUCCAACUACUUGGACUAUUGGCCAUUGUGUGGCAGCUCACACAAAACAAAUUAAACAGGAGCUUGGUGUGGGGCUUGGGGUCAACACAAUGGAGGGCAGAGAAUCUAAACAUGUCUCUCUCGCCAGAUUUGAAAGAAACACCCACCAUUCAACGCGUUGGGUACAGGUAUUCAGACAUGAAUACAUCUCCCUUAUCUGGCUUAGGGAAAAUGGGUGUGAUUUGGUUAAACACACACCCACCAGGAAUAAGUAUAUCCCUGCACGAUGCUUCACUGCCACAUUUUGUCAUGGUGGCAAUCAGAAACCCCGAGGGGAGGCUAAAUGUACUUUCUGCGUCAUCCCAUACAGCAGACUAUUGACGAUUGUAUGA